AUGUCUACCAAAAACUUCGGCACGGCCAACGUGCGAUGCGCCACCCUGAUCGGUCAUGUUGAUCAUGGCAAGUCUUCCUACGCCGACUCUUUGCUCGCAGCGAACGGCAUCAUCGCCCCUAGACAAGCAGGUAAGCUGCGAUACUUGGACUCGAGGGAGGAUGAGCAGGAGCGAGGAAUCACGAUGGAGAGCAGCGCAGUCAGCUUGAGCUUCAAAUUACGCGCUCACUCGACCGACGGCAAGGUGGGAGAGAUUUCAGAUUACAUGAUCAAUCUCAUCGAUACUCCUGGUCACAUCGACUUUUCGAGCGAAGUGUCGACUGCGAGUAGACUGUGCGAUGGUGCCCUCGUCAUUGUUGACGUUGUGGAGGGCGUUUGCACACAGACCAUCGCUGUACUUCGACAAGCAUGGACGGACAGACUAGCACCUAUCCUGGUCUUGAACAAGAUGGACCGACUCGUCACAGAGCUGCGACUCUCUCCUUCGGAAGCAUAUCACCAUCUGACGCAGCUCAUCGAAAACGUGAACGCAGUCAUGGGAUCGUUCUUCGCAUCAGAGAGAAUGGAGGAUGACUUGAGGUGGCACGAAGCGAGAGAAGCAAGAUUGAGGGCCAGAAGGGAAGCUGCGAGCGAAAGCGUAGUCGGUCAGUCCUCGAGCGAUUCCAACGGACACGACGCUCUAGACGAACAGGAAGAUGAGGAGAGGUAUCAAGAACUGGAUGACGAAGAUAUCUAUUUCGACCCAGCUAGAGGCAACGUCAUCUUCGCGAGCGCCAUAGAUAACUGGGCCUUCAGGCUGGACCGUUUCUCUCAGCUAUACUCAAAGAAGCUUGGCAUACAAGAAUCUAAAUUCAGAAAAGUCCUAUGGGGAGACUUCUUCUUCGAUCCCAAGGGUAAGCGCGUCAUCGGUCACAAGCAGAAGGAGAGGGAGGGCAAGAAUCUCAAACCAGUGUUUGUGCAAUUCGUUUUGGACAACGUCUGGGCUGUGUACGAGAGCGCCUUGAAUCGUGAUCAAGAGAAGAUUGAGAAGAUCGUAAAGACGUUGGAGCUCAAAAUCUUGCCGAGAGAUAUUCGGGCAAAAGAAUCUUCAACCCUUCUGCCGCUCAUCUUCUCUCAGUGGCUGCCGCUUGCAGCGUGCACCUUUUCGGCUUUGGUGCAGUGCGUGCCUCCGCCCGCCGUCGCGCAGAGAACUCGCGUGGCAAAGAUGUUGCAUCCAGAAUUGAGCUACUUUUCAAAAAAAGAGGCUUCGACGCCUUUGGAGGUGGACCUGUUCGAAGCUCGGGCUGGAGAUGGGGCAAGGACUUGCGCUUACGUCAGCAAAUUGUUUGCGGUUCGACGAGGUGAAUUGCCAGAAGGGAGAAGGAAAGAGCUGACCGCGGACGAGAUGAGGCAGAGGGGAAAAGAAGCGAGAGAACGAGCGGCUGCUGCUAAAGAAGCUUUGCUGAGAGCUACAGGUGCCAGUGAAGCACAAGGCUCUGAGCACUCAUCGUCUCCCCAGCCAGAGGCACACAAGACGGAAGAGGGCACAGUCAUUGAAAAUGGGCAGGCAGGACCUUCGGCUCGAGAGUUGGCCCAGCGAGAGGAAGAUGAGAAUCAGGCCAGAAAAGAUGAAGAGGUCGUGCUCGGCUUCGCGCGCUUGUAUUCUGGCGUUCUACAGGUCGGACGAAAAGUCUUUGCCCUCUUGCCGAAGUACGACCCUGCCCUGAAAGCGGGCCAUGCCGCUAAUGCCAAGCACAUCAGGGAGGUCAACAUUGAAGCGCUCUACAUGAUGAUGGGUCGAGAUCUAAUUGCUGUCUCAGAAGUACCAGCUGGAAAUGUCUUUGCCAUCAGAGGGCUGGAAGGAACGGUGCUGAGAAAUGCUACGCUCUGCGCGCCACCUGUUACGAAGGGGUCACCAGCCACGCAAGAGCUCGACGUGGCAAGUUCAAGAGACUGCUUUGUCAACCUCGCUGGCGUGGGUCUGGGCAGCGCUCCAAUCGUCAGGGUCGCUCUGGAACCUUCAAGGCCCACCGACAUGCCGAAGUUGGUUGAAGGUCUUCGGUUAUUGAACCAAGCUGAUCCAUGCGUCGAGACCCUGGUCCAGGAAACCGGAGAACACGUGAUCCUAUGCGCAGGAGAGCUACACUUGGAAAGGUGUCUGAAGGAUUUGCGAGAGCGCUUUGCAAAAUGCGCAAUACAAGCUUCUAAACCCUUGGUCCCGUUUCGCGAGACUGCUGUCAAAGGUCAGGAGAUGCCGCCUCCCAAGACCGAAGGCGCUGCUCGCGGUACGAUGCAGGGAUCACUCUCGGGCGGAGCGGUGACCUACUCCAUCAGAGCUGUGCCAUUGCCUGAAAAGGUUACGGACUUCUUGAUCGCCAAUGCGAGAACUAUCAGGCAGCUAGUCAGCACGGAUAGGAGGCACGGAGCGACAAACGCAGGUCGGGAGACGGUCGAGACGAUUGCAGGCUCCAAUGCAUCCGAAGUUGAAGCUGCGAGCAGGGAAGUGCGCCCUCAAAACUUUUGGAGCGAGUUGAUCAAGCUUUUGGACAGUUGUGGACCUCAGUGGAGAGGUGUUGUGGAUCAGAUAUGGAGCCUUGGACCACGCAGAGUUGGACCCAAUCUGUUGGUCGAUUCUGCCGGUCUACUGACUCAAAGACUUCGCCAGCGGACCGAGCUCCGAAAAGGUCCGCUCAAGGAAAGCCAACCCGCCUCUGGAGUCUCCACUCCUGCAGGCCAAGGUGCUCAAUUGACAGGAGAUUCUGAAGUAGAUGAUUUGGCGUCAGCAUUAGAGCACGCGACACUGCCCGAAGCCGCAGAAGACUCUAGGAGUCAAGAGAGCUGGACAGCCGAAGAUCUGCUAGACUCGAUCGAAAGCGGCUUCCAGAUAGCCACUCUGCAAGGACCGCUAUGUGCCGAGCAGGUCCAAGGACUAGCCUACUUCGUGGAAAGCGUCGUCGUCAAUCAUGCCGUGGAGGAGAGAGAAGGGAACCGAAUCAAGUUCUCCCAGAUCACAGGAUCGCUCAUCUCAUCCGUCAGAGAAGCUUGCAGGAACGGCCUUCUGGAUUGGUCCCCUCGCAUCAUGCUCGCAAUGUACUCGUGCGACAUCCAGGCCUCGACCGACGUGCUCGGCAAGGUACACGCAGUGCUUUCUAGAAGAAGAGGUCGCAUCACUUCUGAAGAGAUGAAGGAAGGCACCAGCUUCUUCACUGUUGGAGCUCUGUUGCCCGUCGUCGAAAGCUUUGGCUUCGCUGAUGAGAUCCGAAAGAGGACGUCGGGGGCAGCUAGUCCUCAAUUGAUCUUCAAAGGUUUCGAGCUGUUCGACGUGGAUCCGUACUGGGUACCUCGUACCGAAGAAGAAUUGGAAGAUCUAGGCGUGCUGGGCGAGCGAGAAAAUGUGGCCAAAAAGUACGUGGACAAUGUGCGAAAGAGAAAAGGUCUCUUCGUGGACAGACGAAUCGUCGAUGCUGCCGAGAAGCAGAGGACGCUCAAGAGCAACUAA